CGCCGGUUUUCCAAGCCUAUGCUCUGCAGUUUUCGCAUCCGUGUGAGGACCAGAGAGAGUUUUGCUGUUUGUUCUUAUGACUGACAAAGGGGCAAGUCUCAUUGCCAUUUGGUUAACACAGGAUCAUGGUGGUAUAAAUAAUUGAAUAACCACGGUUAUUUUCUGGACCUACCUGGUUUUAUAAUUUCGGAAGAAAUAAUGGACAGCCAGGAAUUUAUUGUACUAUAUACUCACCAAAAAAUGAAGAAGUCAAAAGUGUGGCAAGAUGGUACUCUGAAGAUCACUCACUUGGGAAACAAAGCAAUUUUAUAUGAUGACAAAGGAGAAUGUUUGGAGAGUAUAUUUCUUAAGUGCCUUGAGGUGAAGCCUGGAGAUGACUUAGAAGGUGAUCGAUACUUAAUCACAGUUGAGGAGGUUAAAGUUGCUGGAAGCAGAGCUAUUAAACAGAAUGUCAGUAAAGAAGCACCAGAGUUAAGUCCAAGGAGAUAUACAUCCUCUGGCCAGUCCCUUGGAUGCAAGCCUGCUGGUUUAAAAAGGAAGUUUACUGGUUUUCAAGGACCACGUCAAGUGCCAAAGAAAAUUAUUAUUACGGAAAAUGGUGAAUCAGCUGCAUCACUUGAGGCUAAGAAACCUGGCCAUAAUUUUCUUUCUCCCUUGUAUAGCACACCUCCUUUGUUUUCUACUGCUGGCAAGAAAGAUAUAAAUAAUAUGCCAGUAGACCCUGAGAACAUUGUCACUUACAAGAAAAGAGAAGCAAAUGGCUUACAUUUUUCUUCAUUUGUCUCUACUCCAUCUUAUAAGAGUAACCCAGAAAUGCUGUGUGAAGAAAAUUAUUCUUGCUUUCCUGUCUGUUCUGUAAAUAAGCAUUCAGAUUCUUUACAGACCAAUGAGGACCUGAAAAAAGAUGGUUUGACAUCUCACUGUUUGGGAGUUUCACAAAACAUCAGAAGCAAAGCACAGAUAUUAGCUCUUUUGAAGUCCAAAUCAACUAUGUGUAAGGAACUAAAUUCUGGGAUUACAGAACAUCUUCCUCAGAUACAACUACAAGGAAGUGUAAACAUUCCUACUAACCCAAAGUACAUAAUUGAACAGGAGGAGUGUGCUGAAGUGAAGAGCACAGAAAGUUUCCACUGCCAGCAUCCAUCAGAAAAAUCCAUGAGAAAUAAAAGCCGAUGGGCCAUGUAUUUAUCCUCACAGAAUUCACCUGUACAUUCUUCUACCGAAGAUGGAAAUAAUAUAGAAAGGAAACCCAAGGGAGACAAUAUAAAUUUAAAUUUGAAAGAUCUUUUGGUACAAGAAAAGGUACAGUUAUUUGAAACAUGUGCUAAAGAGGGUAAAAAGCAUAAUGAAAAGAAGCCAGUAGAUGCUAAUGAUCAAUCUUGGGAUCAGGAAGUAAAACUGGAAAUUCCUUCAUUCUGUGAAGGCAACCGUGUACCAGUUACCUGUAGCAAUGUAGAGAAUGAUGGCUUAUUAUCAGAACCUGACAUUCAAAACAAUAAUAUACCUGUUAAUGAAAAUGGCCUGAUAUGUCUAAAAGGAUCAGUUCUCAUUAGAGAAAAUACUCAGGAAAUAAAUAUAUGUGGAACUCCAGAAAAGGAGUACGGACAGCCAGUGUCGUUCCUGCCAGAAUAUGAACAUCUACAGAUUGAAUCUUCUAUAAGUAACAAUUCUCAGGUCUCUGAUGACUGUCCCCACAUGCUUUCUGAAAGUGAUACUGAUAAGGAAAGUCUUCAUAGUGUUCCUAAACCUAUGAGCAAUGUAACACAGCCGCUUGUGGAGGUGACUUUUAAUCUGAACAAUUUUGAAACCAGUGACACUGAGGAGGAGUCACAGGAAAACAACAUUUCCCAGGAAUCAGGGAGUUGUGUAAAGGAAACUUUCGUUGAUGACAGUAGUCCAAGUCCAAGUGAACAUUUGUCUCUCUUAACAUCCAUUGGGGAUAAACCUACAGAGACAUCUCCUAAUAAAGAGACUCUUCUAUCACAGUUUUGUGAUAAAGCUUAUGAAGGUUUUGACACAGAACCUUGGAAAGCUGGAAAUAUUGAAAGAGAAAUAGAGGAGUAUAGUGACACAUUAAGCAAUUUUGACUCAUCCUUAGAGUGGACUGAUGAUGUAUAUGUAGAUAAUAAUGGAGAUGCUAACAAAUCUAUUCAAAAAGUGAGAGUUAACUAUGAUACUGCUUCACUACUGAGUAAAUCUAAAGAUGUAAGCUUGAAUUUACAUAUUCCUCAUUUAAACAUAGCCACUAAUCAGACUCCUGAAAAUAGCCUAUUCUCAGACCAGGAUGAACUUCAGCCUUUUAUUAUGGGAAGUAAUUUAGACAAAAAUGAUGAAUGGGUUUUACCGUCAACUUCUAGCAGUGAUAUCAGUAUCCAACAAUUAAAUGUCCAUCAGAAUCACUCAGAAGAAUGUAUUGCACUUGAUAAAUCAAAUACUCAAGUUUCUAAUUCUUUAUCUUACCCUCUGGGAAAAAAUCAUCCAAUUUUCAAAGACACAGAAGUGUAUAUUCCUGAAUCUGAAGACUUGGGAGAGAUUAGUAGAAGUAUAGACCAUAAUCAUAUUGAAGUAGAAACUGCUGGGGAAACCAAACAGUGCAGGAAUAUUCCUAGAAAUCCUUCAGAACUCUCUGGAUUAGUAAAUAACAUUUCCCUUUUAAAGUCAUUGUCGGAACACAGUACAGCUUUAGAAGGCUUGGAAAUACUGAAAAAGAAAAAUACUGUCUUUAAACAACAAGGAACUUUGCAGACAUAUGAGCCAGACAGCAGUCCUGAAGCCAGGAAACCAUUGACUCCAGUAGUUUCACAGACUUUACCAAAGUUUCCUCAUCUGAACCAGGAUUCUCAACAGAUUAUAAAAGAAAAUGAAGUCAAACCAAGUGAAUCACUUCAUUCUUUGCAGUUCUUUCCCUUGGGAAAUGAAGAAGUGACUACUUUUCUAGGUGUUAUUCCUAAACAGCUAAAGAGAAAAACUUGUGACCCUAAGCCUGUUGAGUUUCAAGGGCACCAAGUGAAAGGAUCAGCCAGUAGCUCUGUGAUGGUCAGAGGACACAACUCACAGCUAGAAUGCAGUCAGUUUCCAGAUAGUAUUGAGUAUGGAAACUGCGUGACGGACUCUUGUUUUUUGACACCAGAAUUGACUAGCGCUUGUAUGCAGAUUGAUUUCUUGCAGGUGACAUCACCAGAACAAAAGAUCUCGACCUUGAACCCUGUGUCUACUUUUUCUUUGAACUCAACAGAUGAAGAUUUUAUGCUAGAAUUCUCUAAGGAGUCCCUGAAAGCAAGAACUUUACCUGGUGACUUUCACUUACUCGGCUUAGACAUUCUCAAAAAACCCAGUUCUCUGGAGAAUAAGAACUUUCAGAGGCUUCCAUUAGUAAGUAGAACCCGAGAUCCAUUUAUUACUUUGCCACCUGAUUUAUAUUCUUGUUCAUAUGAGGCCAACUCUGACAGGCAAGAAUCUUCUGGUUCUCCCAUAUUCAACUUGUGUGAAGAGUCAGCGGUUCUUUCUUUUAGCCUUGGGCUUGACGACCAAGGUGAAACUUCCUUCUCUAAAGAAUCUAGAGAAGUGACUCCAGGGGACGUUUUACUUCUCAAUAAUAUGUCCAUUCAAAGCAAGUGGCUGAAAUAUCAAAACAUACCCCAGUGCAACUUGACUACUCCAAAAGUAGUUGAUAAAGUAACAGAUGACUUCUCUGCUGAGGUUGUUUCUGGGACCCAUUUUAGUGACAUGGGUGAAAGACAGAGUGAUGCUGUGAAUGAAAGCUCUUUAGACUCCAUGCAUUUGCAAAUGAUAAAAGAUAUGCUCCAUCAACAGCAACAGGAUUUUAGCAGCCAAGAUUUGAUUUCCAGAAAGAAAGCACUGUCUUUGAAUUUAAAGCAGACUUCUAAGACUAAGAAAACUCACAAUAUGUUAGGAGAGUCAGCCUGCUACAACUACAGUGUAACAGGAGAUUUACAGGAGAUAAGUGGCUCUGAGCUAUGCUUCCCAAGUGGGCAGAAAAUAAAAUCUGCUUAUCUUCCUCAAAGGCAAAUUCAUAUACCAGCUGUUUUUCAGUCUCCUGCUCAUUACAAGCAGAUUUUUACAUCUUGUCUCAUAGAACAUCUAAAUAUAUUGCUGUUUGGGUGGGCACAGAGGUUGCACAAAGCUCUUUCAAAAGUCGACAUAUCAUUUUACACAUCAUUAAAGGGAGAGAAACUGAAAAAUGUAGAAAGUAAUGUGCCAUCCUGCCAUCAUCAUCAACCUGCAAAACUUGUCACGGUUAAAAAGGAAGGUCCAAAUAAGGGUCGUCUCUUUUAUACCUGUGAUGGACCCAAAGCUGACCAAUGUAAAUUUUUCAAGUGGCUUGAAGAAGUGACCCCAGGACAUUUAACACAGGAAGCCUCUCUACCUAGCAUGGUUUUAAAUGAUAUAAAGAGUAUUGGCUUAUAUCUAAGAAGUCAAAAGAUACCCCUCUUUGAGGAAUGCCAGCUUUUGGUGAGAAAAGGAUUUGACUUUCAAAGAAAACAGUAUGGCAAGCUGAAGAAGUUUACUACUGUAAAUCCUGAAUUUUAUAGUGAACCUAAAAGCAAACUUUAUCUUAAGCUGAGUCGGAAGGAAAGUUCUUCAACAUAUAGUAAAAAUGAUCUUUGGGUGGUUUCAAAAACCCUAGACUUUGAAUUGGAUACUUUUAUUGCACGUAGUGCUUUCUUUGGACCAUCAUCUACCAAUGAGGUGGAGCUACUACCUUUGAAAGGUUAUUUCCCCUCUAACUGGCCCACUAACAUAGUGGUCCAUGCAUUGUUGGUUUGUAAUGCUAGCACAGAGCUGACCACUUUGAAAAACAUUCAGGACUACUUUAAUCCAGCUACUCUACCUCUAACACCGUACCUGUUAACAAUGUCUUCAUCAACUAUAGUUAGCAAUAAGAAAGUCAGUAAGAGAAAAUUUAUCCCACCAGCCUUCUCAAAUAUCAACACAAAAUUUGAACUGCUCAGCCUAGAAGCAACAUUGCAGUUAGCUAGUCAAUUGAUCCAGGCACACAAGUUAAAUGAGGAUCAAGCUACAGCCUUAAUUCAGAUAGCUCAAAUGAUGGCCUCGCACGGAAAUGUUGAUGUGAAGGAACUGCAAACACAUACCCUCCCUAUCACGAUCAUACAUGGUGUUUUUGGAGCAGGGAAGAGUUAUUUGCUGGCAGUGGUGAUUUUGUUUUUUGUACAGCUAUUUGAAAAGAGCGAAGUUCCUAUGGUUGGAAAUGCAAGACCAUGGAAACUUCUCAUUUCUUCUUCUACUAACGUAGCUGUGGACAGAGUACUUCUUGGGCUUCUCAGUCUUGGAUUUGAAAAGUUUGUCAGAGUUGGGAGUGUUAGGAAGAUUGCCAAACCAAUUCUACCUUAUAGUUUACAUGCUGGCUCAGAAAAUGAAAAUGAACAACUAAAAGAACUACAUGCACUUCUGAAAGAAGACUUAACUCCUCUGGAAAAGGUCUAUGUCAGGAAAAGUAUUGAGCAGCAUAAAUUGGGAACCAAUAAAACCCUGCUGAAGCAGGUGCGGGUAGUUGGAGUUACCUGUGCAGCCUGCCCAUUCCCAUGCAUGAAUGAUCUUAAAUUUCCUGUAGUUGUGCUGGAUGAGUGUAGUCAAAUAACCGAACCGGCCUCUCUCCUUCCCAUCGCAAGGUUCGAAUGUGAAAAGCUGAUUCUUGUUGGAGAUCCCAAACAGCUUCCUCCUACUAUUCAGGGUUCUGAUGCAGCUCAUGAAAAUGGAUUGGAACAAACUCUUUUUGAUCGGCUUUGCUUAAUGGGUCAUAAGCCAGUUCUGUUGAGGACCCAGUACCGUUGUCACCCUGCAAUCAGUGCUAUCUCUAAUGACCUGUUUUAUGAAGGAAACCUCAUGAAUGGCGUUUCAGAAACUGAGAGGAGCCCUUUAUUGGAAUGGCUCCCAACUCUGUGUUUCUAUAACGUUAAAGGACUGGAACAGAUUGAAAGAGAUAACAGCUUUCAUAAUGUGGCAGAAGCUGCUUUUACACUCAAGCUGAUUCAAUCACUGAUUGCAAGUGGGAUCGCAGGCUCAGUGAUUGGGGUGAUAACAUUAUACAAAUCCCAGAUGUACAAGCUUUGUCAUGCACUCAAUGCCUUGGACUUUGAUCAUCCUGAUAUUAAAGCUGUGCAGGUAUCCACAGUAGAUGCUUUUCAGGGAGCUGAAAAGGAGAUCAUUAUUCUUUCCUGUGUAAGGACAAGACAAGUAGGAUUUAUUGAUUCAGAAAAAAGAAUGAACGUUGCAUUGACCAGAGGAAGGAGGCAUUUAUUGAUUGUGGGAAAUUUAGCCUGUUUGAGGAAGAAUCGACUCUGGGGACAUGUGAUCCAACACUGUGAAGGAAGGGAAGAUGGAUUACAACAUGCAAGCCAGUAUGAACCACAGCUGAACCAUCUUCUUAAAGAUUAUUUUGAAAAACAAGCAGAAGAAAAACAGAAGAAAAAGAGUGAAAAAGAUAAACCUCAUUCACAAAAAGUCAUGGCAUAGAUCAUUUGUAUUUAUAUAAAUUCAAAUUCACUUUACACUAUAUAUUUUUUAUUAUAUUUUUAUUACCCUAAAACAUUGUUAUUGAUAAAGCUUUAUAAUAUUUAUAUAACAUUAAAUUAACUACAUAUAAAAAUUUGUUCUUCGAAAAAAUAUAGUUAUAUUCA